AUGUCUGAGUGGAAGCAUCUAAUAACUGAAUGGCUGAAUGAAUACACAUCUUUGCAAGAAAAUGAAGUUCAAAGUUUUGCAGCAGAACAUGAACAUAAUCAUGAAAUUGCUACAGCCAUCUUUAAUUUGUUUUACUGUGAAGAUGAAACUGUAACAUAUAAUUGUGAACUCGAAAAUGACGCUCAGCUUGUACAGAUAUUAGAGAACGUUUGUACACAACUAUUUAGCUUCUAUAGAUCAAAAGAAAUACAACUUCAAAGAUUUACGUUACAAUUCAUUCCCACUCUUAUAUAUAAUUAUUUGAGCUCUGUGGCACAAGGUAAAAAAAAAACAUAUAGGUGCAUAGAAACAUUGCUAAUUGGCAUAUACAACUUUGAAGUUGUAGAUGAAAAUGGAAAACCGAAGGUUGUGUCAUUCAGACUUCCAUCUUUAGCUCAAUCAUCAAUAUAUCAUGAGCCUCUUUCUUUAGGGGCUCAGUUUUUGACUGAAAGUGCACUGCGUAGAUGGGAAGAAUGUAAUACAAAAUUGGUAAAUUGGGGCCCGUUGCCACAAGUCGAUGUCAUCAAUGCUCAGAAUAGAUUGAAAAUUGUAUCAGCACUUUUAUUUGUAUACAAUCGCCAACUGAGUCUUCUACCUAAACUUUCUUUACGACAUUUAUGCAUUGCAGCUUCAAGAAUUGUGACCCAUGGUUUUGAAAAAAAGCAAGGAAAUGAUUCAAAACGUGUUCCAAGAAUAGCAGUAUCUCCUAGUUUCUUACUAGAGUUGAUUGCAGGUGCAUACUUUGCUAUGUUUAAUGAAUUCUAUACUCUUGCCUUGCAAGCAGUGAAGGAUGUCGAUCAGAGAGCUCAAUAUGAAUUAUUCCCUGAGGUGAUGAUUGUAACUAGUGCUGUGAUAAAUUCACUGAAGAAUAAUGCUUCUGGACAACCAUUUGAUGGGCCAAUGGGUAUUAGUGUUGCAUUGUCACCAGCAACUACAACGGUUACCAUGUCCAAAUCUAUGAUAACAAAUGCAUCAUUCCGCACUAAGAAAUUGCCAGACGAUAUUCCAAUACAAGCCGGACAAGCGACAACAGCCGAGUCCACCGACGUGCUGACUUCAAUUACCGAGGAAGGCGAAUCGGAAACUGCUCCGAUACAACGCGGCAUAAUUGCUCGAAAUUCGAAAGCCAAACUAGCUUCUUUCCCAGUAUUAGGCAAAAAAACAAAGGAUACUAAAGAUAAGGGUAACGAAAAGAAAGUGAUACUGAAGGAAUCCUCAAAAGGCAUAUGGAAUUCUCUCAGUGGAGGCAGUGGAGACAUGGUGGACGGCUUACAAAAAACAGCAGAUAGCUCUGUUGAAACCAAUGGAACCUCAAAGGAUGAAAAGAUAUCUAUGACAUCAGUACAUAAUAGUUCAGAAAACUCGGACACGCGUUCACAUAUUACACCAGACUCAUUAGAUAUUGAUACUACUCCACGCUUUGCAGCCAUGCAAGUUAGUUCGGUGUAAUUUGAGUAAACCAAUCCGCUGGUAAUUAUUAAAGGGUUGUAUUAAGUUUGGUUAAAAUUGUUAUUGUUAUGCUCAUUUUAAUAUAACUUUAUUAUCAAACUGUGAUUAAAGGGAGAUUUCUGGCAAUGUCAAAAGUAUAAUUUAAUGAAUAAUUAUUUAUUGGAUGUUAUUGUUUUCUUAAUUGCUGUGAUGUCAACUAUUAAAAUGAUUACAUAUAAAUUUAUUCUAUGUUAUAGUAAAGAAAAUAAAUUAUGUCAUCCA